AUGAAAUUUGAUCAAUUUUAAGCUUCUACUCCAAUUAAUGGUGAAGAGACUGACUCUUUGAAAGGAAAGGAAGUAUCUUUAAUAGUAUUUCCUAAAAGGUUUCUAAAUCCGAUGAGUACCUUCAGAAUGAAAGGAGUAUCUUAAGUUUAUAAUAUUUUUUAAGGAUUUCCAUCUAUUUGCAGAUGCUCAAUACAUAAAAUAGCAUGAUAUGCUGAAAAUUGGCAUCAGUUGCCAAAAUUCUUAUAAAAAAAUUUCGAGAAUAAUAGUGGAUUAAUCUGCUGGGAUGAUCAAAUUAUGUUACACUUAACUUGAUUUUUCAGAAACCCCUUGGGAAUAUGUGACUAAAAGAUUAUAAAGCAUGGGCGAUGUUUAAAUGAACUUAUUAAGUGAAUAUAUUAAAUAGUACUAUGAACAACUAAACUCCGGUUUACUGUAGGAAAAUAAAGACUUUGUAAUCGAUUUAAAACUAUCAACAUUAUUUUAGAUUCCCCAAGAGAAUUACAGAUCAUUUGGAUCGAUUCAAUAUAAGUAUUUGAAGGGCUUAAACCAGUUUUUUAUCACAGCUUAGAUCUAUGACAUCAAAUUAAUUCAAGAUUUAGGUUAUUCGAUACAAUAUUUUGUUGAUUCCUGCAUGAAGAUUGGAAUUCCAGAGUACAAAAAUUUAUAAAUAAAUCUCAAGAAUAUCUUUAUAACCAGGGUGCACAAAUGUUGAUUACUACAAAAACGUUAUGGAGUUUGCAAAGCCUUUAACGAAACCAACAGAAAAGUAAGAUUUCUAUUUAUACUCUCCUCUCUAUCCACAAGUAAUGAAUUCGUGUUCAUUUCUUUAGGGCGUAAAAUGUGAUGUUACAUUUUAAGUGACAAAAGAUCGUUUGGAUGUGGAGGGUGACGCACUCAUUAAUUUUAAUUUUUAUUUAAAUUACAACCCUUCAUUGCGUAAUAAUUAAGCACUUUUGCCUUAAAAGAAAUUAAAGUCGUAAAAUUGUAUUGCACAUUAUUACGAACUCAUGGAUCAUCAAUAUAUGAGGUGUGGAAUUAAGAAAGCCAAGCUGAAUUCUAUGGUUUGA